CGGAGCUGUGACGCCAUUACAGGGUGAGAGAUCUCUGCUGGAAAACACACGACGGGAAGAUCUGAAGCAGUCAAGAGAAGGGACAGUAACUCGCUACAUCAACUGAUGUUGAACGAUCCUGCUGUUAAUAAUUCACCUGGUGACAGGUGAGUGAUGAGGACAGUAGAUUUUGACAUUGCUGAACGGAGCUGAGACACCAUUACAGGGUGUGAGAUCUCUGCUGGAAAACACACGACGGGAAGAUCUGAAGCAAUCAAGAGAAGGGACAGGAACUCAGUGAGUCUUGUUUUUGAGAGACAUUUAGAUACAAAGACAGAUGGCUGAGAAAACUGCUCUUUUUGAAAGUUUCCUGAACUGCCAUGUGUGUUCAGAGACUUUCAGAGAUCCUGUGUCUCUGAGCUGCAACCACAGCUUCUGUUCAAGCUGCCUGCACACAUUCUGGGAACAAGCUAACAACAAAAACUGUCCCAUUUGUAAAAGGAAAUCCUCAAAAGAGAAUGUUGGGUUGAACUUUACACUGAAGGAACUGGCUGACAACUUUGCUGGGAAACAGAAAUCUGGAUCAUCUGAGACAGAAAAAGGAGAGAAGAAGGUGGAGGUGGUGUGUAGUAAACACCAAGAAGAGCCUAAAUUGUUCUGUAAGGAUGAAGAUAGAGUUGUGUGUCCUCUCUGUGAGUUUUCUCUCCACCACGGUCACACGGUGGUUCCUGUAGAACAAGCAGUCAGAGAUCUGAAGGAGCAGCUGAAAUCUGACUUACAGUCUCUGCAGGACAAGAGGGACAAACACAGACGAGUGGAGGAAACAUACGAUGAAAUAACUCAACACUCCAAGAAGCAGCUGCUGUCUACAGAGAGUCAGAUCAGAGCCGAGUUCAACAAGCUGCACCAGUUCCUGAAAGAGGAAGAGGAGUCCAGACUGGCAGCUCUGAGGGAGGAAGAGCAGCAGAGGGGGAAGACUGUCAGCAGAGAGAUGAAGAGGAUUCAGGAGCAGAUCUCCUCUCUGUCAGACAGCAUCUCUGCUGUGGAAACAGACCUGCAGAAAGACAGCGUGCCGUUCCUCAGCAGUUAUAAAGCCUCUCAGAGCAGAGCCAGAGUCCAGUGCUCGCUGUCAGAUCCACAGCUGCUCUCAGGAGCGCUGACAGAUGAGGCUAAACAUCUGGGCAACCUGUCCUUCAGAGUCUGGGAGAGGAUGAAGGAUAUGGUCCACUUCUGUCCCGUCAUUCUGGACACAAACACUGCAAACCCCUGUCUCUAUCUGUCUGAUGAUCUGACCAGUGUGAGACGUGGAAACACAAAGCAGAAGCUUCCAGACAAUCCAGAGAGACACAGCAGGUAUGCCUCUGUUCUGGGCUCUGAGGGUUUCAGCUCAGGGAAACACAGCUGGGAGGUGGAGGUGGGAGAUCAUCCUGUCUGGAGGGUGGGUUUAGCCAAAGAGUCAGCUGACAGGAAGGGAGAAAGCUAUGCUUCACCAAAAUAUGGAAUCUGGUGUUUAUUUCAUGACAGUGGAAAAUACAUUGAUGGAUCUGGUAAGAGUGUCACAGUGAAGAAGAGUCUCCAGAGGAUCAGAGUCCAGCUGGACUAUGAGGGGGGGGAGGUGUCCUUCUACAACUCUGAAGACAUGACUCACAUCUACACUCUCAGAGACACUUUCACUGAGAAACUUUUCCCUUAUUUCAAUAUCAGUCCGGCUGGAGAUGCUAAGACUGCAGAAAUCAAAAUCUGUCCAGCUGAGAUUUCUCUGUGAGGUUCAGAGAACUCAGAGAAGGUGGAGAGAGGAGAGAGCUCAAAGUUGUUCAUUAGUCAUUUUAUGUGGUAGUGGGUUUUUUUUGGGCUGAUACAGAAUCCAGGUAGUUCUUUUUAAAGAAAAUGUAGAGAUCCAGGUUAGAAGAAUAAUUAAGAUUUGAUGUGUUUUAGUAAAUGGCAUGAUGGAAAACAUUCCUUGGUUGUUGUUUGAUACACAAAAUAUUUCCAAAGCCCAGAAUGAGAAACUACAGCUGAGCUGCUUUUGGUGUAAAUGUGCUGCAAGAACUGGGAUGUUAAUUAAAAAUGUUGUUAUUAUUUUUAAUUUCCAAGGAUGAGUAAAAAGCUUAAAUGUUAUUAUCAGACCCAAACAGGAUCUGCAGGGUUUAGUUGUUGUUGUUUUGAUCCAGAAUGAAAAUCUGCAGAAUGUAGCCGACUGGUUUUCAGCUUUGGGUGGAGAUGUGUUAACAUUCUGAGUUUAAUUUAGAUUGUACACAUAAGAAGCUGGGUCCAGACUAGUCUAAUGAUAGCCAGACAGAUUAUUUUAAGAGGAUGGAGGAAUGAAGGGCUGCCGUCUAUCCAGGAGUGGGCUUGUGAGAUGAUAGGUUGGGGGUGUUUGAAAAGAUGUCAUUUAAAAUGUUUGCAAGAUUGGAUGUUUCUACUAGAAAAUGGAGAAAGUAGCUGACCUUUCUGGAGGCUCCUAAGAAGCUUUGUGCUGGGGAGAGACGUGUAUGAUGGGCUGAUGAUGAAGUCAUUUAUACAUAUGUUUAUUUGGUUUAUUGUCUAUUUUGUUCAAUGAUCUGGAAUAUUGUAGUUGCUGUGUGUGUGUUUAUGUGUGUGUGGGGGGGAGAUAGUGUGUG